AUGCCGCUCCAUAUGCCGUAUCAUUCUACAAUGGAAAAGGAGAUAGUCAAGGCUGCUGGUAUAUUGGAUUCUUGUUUCCGCUCUACAGUCAGUGCUGACUCGGCAAUUCCUGCUGAAAUGAUCCAAAAUGCCGUGGGUUUGGCUUUUCUAACAGUCGUUAAAGCUGGCAUGGUCUGGACUGGUAAAAUGGGUACAGGCAUCGUCAUUGCCCGUCUUGCAGAUGGCUCAUGGUCACCUCCUUCAGGAAUUGGUACUGCUGGAAUGGGCUUUGGGGCUGAAAUUGGUGGCGAAAUUAUUGAUUUUCUUAUUGUAUUGGGAUCUCCAAGUGCUGUCAAGACAUUUAAAAAGGGUACACAGGUGUCUGUUGGAGCUGGCAUUGAUCUGGCUGUGGGACCCGUCGGUCGAGCAGCCGGUGCUAGUGUCAAUGCUGGAGGGGGCGGAAUUAGCGGAAACUACACGUAUAGUCACGCCAAGGGCGCAUUCGCUGGAGUAGGGCUCCAUGGCUCUACAUUUGUUGUCCGAGGUGCGAUGAACAGCCAAUUCUAUGGUCGAAAGGUCACUCCCAAUGAAAUCCUGAGCGGACAAGUAACCCCUCUACCUGGAUCUUGUGACGUCUUGUUUGAUGCAAUUCGUCGUGCAUGCGGCCAGCAAGGACUAAAUGCGGGCCGCAAUCCAAACUUGCUUGGACCUAGCAAUAGCUACCACGGCAGCAACGAAGCGCCUGAUGCUGCGGAUCAUGCUGCAGCAGCUCGUGCAUCAUUCGCGGCUAGUAAUUCCGCCUCAUUCUCAAGUUCAUUUAGCGAACAACGGGUAUCCUCGUCGUCGUCUAGGUCAUUGCCAGCGGCAAGUACCGUAAAGCCGGAUCCGAACGAUCCGCGUCUACAACGAUGCAGUACAUACAAAUCGGAGCGCGAACUGUAUGCGCAGUUCGAGCAGCAAAAGAUUGGAGUUGUCCCUUCGGCACCGACUGAAUCUACACACCAUCAUCCGACAAAUCCGUCAUUGAAGUAUAAAUCGUACCCCGCUCCAGCCCCCAAUGCGGCAUACACAGCACCUCCAAAGGCACAAGCGAUGUAUGAUUCUUUCGUAAAACCAUCGGCGCCGAAGACUCCGCAGCAGCCCGUGCCUCCACUGCCGCCAUCUGCAAAGGGUGCUGAGAUGAAGCAGGUGUAUUCAGACGUGAUAAAUUUCGUACAAACUAAUUGCCCUUACGCAAAGCUGCAGGUGUUCAAGGAUAAUUGUCGACUCUUCGGUCAAGAUGCCAUGUCGCUUGAUGCAUUCUUUAGCUACCUGCUGUCGAUUUGCUCCCACACACUCAUAAAGGACCUUGUGCCUCAGCUGGUGCGCCUGCUUCCUACUCAGGAGAAGCGCGAACGCCUUUGGACCUUGUACGUGCGCGAAGUGCUUUUGAUCAAUAUUUGA